AGGCAGAAGGAUGUAAGAAGCAAGAUUGACUAAUAAAUGAGCACAAUGCUGCAAGUGCUUCUCUCUGUGUUGUUUGCUGUUGGUUUGGUCCAUUUUGAUGCUGUUGGCAUGACAGAAAAGACACCAGUUGGACCAGGAUUUCUCAGAGAUGUUAACACCACUGACUCUGGUGUUCAAAAUGCCACCUUAAUUGCAAUCUAUGGUUACAACAACCAAUCAAAUGACAUCUUCCUGUUUAAAGUUCAGAAGAUACGUAAAGCACAAGUUCAGGUUGUUGCUGGUCUGAAAUAUUUUCUCUACGUUGAUAUCGGAAGAACAGUGUGUCGUAAAGGAAAACCAUAUAACCUCAAAUACUGUUCAUUUGAAACACAUCCACCGCUGAUUAAGAGACUGACGUGUCAUUUUGAACUCUGGGUUGUUUCUUGGAAACAUAUUUGGAAAGUGAUUGCAACAAGUUGCCAGUGAAUCCUACAGGACUGUAUUCCUUCCCUGCGCCAAUACUUGAAGCAUUUCCACAGAGUGGCAAAGUUUUUAUCCAAUUUCACCAAUUCUGCUUGCAGCCUGGAGUGUUGAAGAGAAGAUCCGGCAUCCUGUAUAAUUCAUGAAGAACUCUUCCUCAUCUAGAAGUGGCCAUAAUUUUACACUUUAAAGGAUACAGCUGGCGGUAUAGGAAACUAUACACUUUUUAUUUUCAAUGGUAUUCUUUGCCUUAAUGUUAUCAGCAAGCAUAUUUCAAAUGAGUUAAUGAUGAUAAAUAAAGAAUUGUAUUUUAUAGGUCUUUCUGCAAGCACAGAAUAUCCUGAAGAGAUUUACAAAAAGCACUUUUAAAAAGUGUAGCUCCUAUUGUAAUAUAGAAAUAUUGGCAACCAAUUUGUACAAUGUCUUAUAUCAACAAUGAAAUGAAAGUCAAAUCAGCUAUUGCCUAUUCUUCAAAAUAAUGAAGUGGAAUCUUUUGGAGAUGAGGUCCUGGCUUAGCCUCAUGUCUGGAAGACAGCACUGCCAACAGUGUAGUAUUUAGUCAGUACUAUACAGAAAUUGUCAACUUAGAUUAUGUUCUUUAAAAUCUCUGAAGUGAGAUUUGUACCCAAAGCCUUCUGACACUGAAACAGAAGUAUCAUCCAUUGAAUCACAAGAGCUGAUCAAUAAAAGACCAUCAAAUGUAUGUGUAACUGCUUGUGUCAGCUGAUAAUAACUGGAACACAACAAGAUUUCGGCUGAAAUUUAUCCCCCUAAAAUGCUGGAGAUGCACAAGUCAACCAAGAUCUUUAAGGGGACAAAAACAUUCCUGAGCAUGAGGCUACUUCCCAUUACCUAAAGUUGACUGGCGUGUGGAUCUAUUUUUGCUCUUUUCUACUUGAGUUUUCAAAGCUGGGUUGAAGUUACAAAGUUGUCAACCAUGACUCAGUGGUAGCACUCUCUUACCUCUGAAUUGGAAGACUGCUCGUUCGAGACUCAAUAGUUAUCAGAGGGAUAAUGCUUCAGAUAAAAGUUAAACUUAGGCUUGUCUGCCCUUUUCAAUGGAUGUAAAAGUGUCAGUAAUACUGUUUUGAAAUAGAGCUAACUCUAAAGUCUGAGCAUAUUUAUCUUUCAAUCAAUAUCACCACACUUCAAUGGCUGUGAAUCGCUUUAAGGUGUCCUGAGGUCUUGAAAUACACCCUGAAAAUGUAACUUCUUACUUCGUUAUGAAAGCUGGAAUUGAUUGUCCAUGUUGAAUGCUUCUCUCCUGAAGAGCUAAUAGCUUGGGCCUUUCAAGAACUUUUCUCAUUUUAUUCAAAGAACUGAGAUAUUGCUUCCUCUGAACAAAUGCUGGCAUAUUCAAUCUGUUGAUUGUGUAUUUUACUAUUAUAACUGAAUAGAUUUAAUUAAAGGCUGAUUGGCUGUAGUAUCAUUUGAAUAAAAUCAUUAAGCAGUAAAUCAAUUGUGUUGCUUAGGAGGAGAUUCUCUUUUCAGUGUUGCAUUCUUAAAUGAUUACGAUGCUGUACUUGCAAGGAAUGCAUCUUUGAAGAUCAUAGCACCCAGUCUUUCUUGAACUAUUUGGCACAAUGUUUUUGCUACAUCUUAUCUCAUACCCCUGUACCUUCCCCAUCUUUGCUAUACCUCAAAAUGAAAAAGUUUAAAAAAGUGACUAGAUCCUGGUGUGCAGGAGUCAGUUUAAAAGUUUCCGGAUCUUACAAAAAUAAGAAGCACUGAGAACAGUGAGGAGAUCAGUGUGGAACUCCAUAAGGACAGGAAAAGCUUGAUGCAGUGGGUGAAUAGGUGGCUCAUCAGGUUUAGAACAAAGAACAAAGAACAAAGAAAAUUACAGCACAGGAACAGGCCCUUCGGCCCUCCAAGCCUGCGCCGAUCCACAUCCUC